UUCGCGGCGGGCAUGCUCGAGGGCUACCUCACGGCACAAAAAAUCGUCGAGACGGGCAAGAACCUCGCGUGCGAGGUCCGCUGCGACGGCAGCGUGCCGCCGGGCGUCCGCGGCUUCCUCGCGGCGCAGGAGAAGUGGAUCGAGGAGCGACUCUCCACCGCCGACGACGGCGACCGCCUCUGGCGGUUCGUGCGCUUGCUGCGGCGCCAGUACGAGGGCGUGCUCUUCGGCGUCGAGAUGGCGGGCGUCGAGCCCCUCGUCGACCCGGCCUGGGCCGUCAGCCUCAUCAACAACCUCGGGGACCUCUUCGACAUCAAGCCCUACGUCCACGACGGCGAGCGCGAGGACUUUGCGGCCGCGCCGCCGGACGAGGCGAGCGCGAAACUCCAGCGCGAGGGCCGCUGCACGUCGCUCUUCACCGUCGCCGACGAUCUGAGCGAGAUCUACUUCGCCCACUCGUCCUGGUUCCACUACUCGAACAUGAACCGCGUCUUCAAGCACUACGACCUCGAGUGGUACGACUUCUCGCGGACCUAUAGCUUUUCGUCGUACCCGGGCAUGCUGUCGUCGCUCGACGACUUCUACCUCGUGCAAGACACGGAGCUCGUCAUCAUCCAGACGACGAACGGCAUCUACAACGCGAGCGUCUACGACGCGACGACGCCGUUUUCCCUCCCGGCGUGGGCGCGGAUCCGCGCGGCGAACGUUUUAGCGACGGACGGCGCGGAGUGGGCCGCGUACUACGGCGCGCACAACUCGGGCACCUACAACAACCAGUACCAGGUCCUGGACCUGAAGCGCUUCGCGCCGGGCAUGGCGCUCGAGCGCGGCGCGCUGACAAUCGUCGAGCAGAUGCCGGGCCUCGUCGCGGCCGUCGACGCGACGGCCGAGCUCGAGCGGGGCUACUUCCCGAGCUACAACGUGCCCUACGUCGCCGAGAUCUACGACCGGAGCGGCUACGCGAGCCUCGACGCGCGGCGCGGCCACGCGGCGGGCUACGAGUACCAGCAGGCGCCGCGCGCGAAGAUCCUCCGCCGCGACCACCGGAGUGCGCUGUCCCUCGACGGCAUGAUGGCGCUCAUGCGCUCCAACGGCUACGGGAGCGGCGACGAGUUCGCGCUCGACCCCUGGAUGGCGGUCUGCAGCCGCGGCGACCUCAACCGGGGCAAGGCGUCCCUCGCGGGCUGCUACGACUCCAAGGUCUCGUCCGCGUCCCUCUUCCGGGCGGGCCUGGGGGCCUACGUCGUCAACGGGCCGACGAACGCGGGCCAGCCCACGUUCAAGUGGUCCGACAUCACCGUCGUCUCC